CGGCGGAGCCCGGUGCCCGCCGAGUGCAUGGACAGGAGCUCCCUGCUGCAGCUCAUCCAGGAGCAGCUUGACCCUGAGAACACUGGUUUCAUCGGCGUGGAGACGUUUGCCAGCCUUGUGCACAGCCAUGAGCUGCCCCUGGACCCCGCUAAGCUGGACAUGCUGGUGGCCCUGGCACAGGGCAAUGACGAGGGGCAGGUCUGCUAUCAGGAGCUGGUAGACCUGGUCAGUGCCGGGGUGACAUGGGGAUGGGAGCGGGUGGAUGUAACCCUGAGUGGGGUGGGAUGGGAUGGGAUGGGAUGGGAUGGGAUGGAAUGGGAUGGGAUGGGAUGGGAUGGGACGGGGUGGGCACCGUCCGGUGCAAGCCGGGACCGGGUGCCCGCAGCUGGUGGUGGCGGCGGUGGCCACAGGCUCUCUCCGCAGAUCAGCAGCAAGCGCUCGAGCAGCUUCAAACGCGCCAUCGCCAACGGGCAGCGAGCCCUGCCCAGGGACGGGCUCCUCGAUGAGACCGGGCUGGGCUUCUACAAGCGUUUCGUUCGCUACGUGGCCUACGAGAUCCUGCCCUGUGAGAUGGACCGGCGCUGGUACUUCUAUCAGCACCGCACGUGCCCCCCGCCUGUCUUCAUGGCAGCUGUCACCCUCACCCAGAUCAUUGUGUUCCUGUGCUAUGGAGCCCGCUUGAACAAGUGGGUGCUGCAGACCUACCACCCCGAGUACAUGAAGAGCCCCCUGGUCUACCACCCUGGCCACCGUGCCCGCGCCUGGCGCUUCCUCACCUACAUGUUCAUGCACGUGGGGCUGGAGCAGCUGGGGUUCAACGCCCUCCUGCAGCUGAUGAUCGGGGUGCCCCUGGAGAUGGUGCACGGCAUCCUGCGCAUCAGCUUCCUCUACCUGGCCGGCGUCCUGGCAGGGUCCCUCACCGUCUCCAUCACGGACAUGCGGGCACCUCUGGUUGGCGGCUCAGGGGGGGUGUACGCACUCUGCUCGGCGCAUCUCGCCAACGUCGUCAUGAACUGGGCCGGGAUGCGCUGCCCCUACAAGCUGCUGCGCAUGGUGCUGGCGCUGGUGUGCAUGAGCUCGGAGGUGGGGCGCGCCGUGUGGCUCCGCUUCUCGCCGCCGCUGCCCGCCUCGGGCCCGCAGCCCAGCUUCAUGGCGCACCUGGCGGGGGCCAUCGUGGGCAUCAGCAUGGGGCUGACCAUCCUGCGCAGCUACGAGGAGAGCCUGCGGGACCAGUGCGGCUGGUGGGUGGUGCUGCUCUCUUACGGCACCUUCCUGCUCUUCGCCGUCUUCUGGAACAUCUUCGCCUACGACCUCCUGGGGGCACAGAUCCCCCCCCCGCCCUAAGGACCCUCUCCUUUGCCCGCCCUAUAGAUGCCCGUUUUCUAGCGAUGGCCAAAGGCCCGGCGGAGCGGGGGUCCCCGCGCGGCACAUGGGGACGCGCUGCCCCCUCGGUGCUAGCGACCGCGCUGGGCCCCUCCGUGCCCCCUCCCCCCGUGUGAAGGAUGCUUCAGCCCCGUCAGCACAGAGCCCCACCCUGGGAAUGGCCCCCGCAUCCCCCUCCCGGGCUCCCCGCACCGGGAGGACCCGAAAAUCUGUCCCCCCUUCCGGGAAUAGCGGGGCCCAACGCGGGGCUAUUUAUUUUUCUAUGC